AUGUCAAGUGCAGGUGUUGAUGAACAAGACGAAGCAUGGACUGGUAUGACUAAAAAAUGGACUGGUAUGACUAAAAAUGGAAGGAUUGGAAUGAUGCUUUCAAUUACACAAACUCAAGAAUCAAAAGAUUUGAAUGCUCCGAGUAGAGGUGGAAUAGUGAAUUCAUUUCUGAAGGCGAAUGACACUUCAGAAAUAAUGGAGUCGUUGAAGAAAGAUGCUGGAAAGUAUAAUGGGUUUCAGUUGGUUGGAUUGGAACAAAACGAUUCCGGAUUAUAUGAUGUGAAAACACUGACUAACCAGCAAGUUGACAAGAUUGAAGUCUGCGAAUGGGAUGACGAAUACCAUGUAAUCUCAAACAGUCCAUUGACAAAAUCCUAUCAAAAAGCAAUUUACGGGAGAAGAUUAAUUUCUCAACGCCUUCGAGACAGUAAUGAAAUGAGUGUGGAACAAGUUUUCGAGAAUUUAAUGUCCGUUGCCACUGAUAAAAAAUCACCAAUGCGACUUCUCAAUUUCCCAGCUGUAAUUCUGAGAAAAGUUUUCGAAAACUUUAGUUUCGAAGAACUACUUCUCUUAUCCUUCUGCUCCAAUAGAUUCAAACAUUUGAUUCGAUCCAAUCAACAUUAUCAAUUCAAUAGAAUCACAACAAUUGAAUACCACUUACUAUCCAACAACAUCAUCUAUAUAACUCCAGACCCACGUAGUUUGAAUAUGUUCAAACGAUUCAGCCAAUGUGUCACAUUAUCUCCAUAUCGAUUUAGAUAUGAUCAUGAAACUCCAAUUCAUGUUUUUGGAAUGAAACGAAAUACAUCAUGCUAUAUGGACUAUUCAUUAAAAUGGGCAACGACAUAUUUAUACGAUAGGGACCAGAAAGAAGCUGUCAUACAAGGAGUUCAUGAUUAUAUUUAUCGGUUUUUCGGACCUCCUAUCGAUUAUCAAAUCAGAUCAACUAAUAACGAGCUGCCACCAAUUCUCAAAGGUGUCAAUAGCAGUGAAAUUAAGAUAUCAGAUGAACUAACAACAGAAGAGUUGGAAUCUUAUUUCACUGAUUAUCCAGCCCAAGAAUACAUCAAACUUGAAGGCAAUCUGAAUGGCAGACUCAGCCACAAUUCUGUGAUUUAUGAUAUGAAUUACUUAGAAAUCGACACUUGUGGAAACUAUGGGGACGAUAUAUUGCUCAACUUCAAAGGAAGAAACCUCAUUUUUCGAAACACUGAUUUCGACAUUUCUUCUAUUAUUAAAUUUCUAAAUGAAUGGAAGACAAAUCAAGGAUUCGAAAAUUUGAAAUCAUUGUCAAUCGAUUUGGAUGAUCACUACUAUCCUAGUGUAAUCUUAUUCGACAAUAAGAAAAUAAUAAAAAUAAUGGAAAAUAUCGAAAUACACCAUCGGGGCUCAUCAAAAGAUGCCUUAAAAGUCAAAUGGAGAAAGAGAAAAAUGAUCGAUAUUCACAACAGUUACAAAUCGGAAGAAAUAACAUCUGAAAGUCUGGACUAUCUGAUUAGAGACAGUGAUGGACAAGGAGCUUCUAUAAUAAUUACUUCGAAAUGUCUCUCUUUCGUUGUCUGGGACUCAACUGAAAACGCACACGUCGUGAGAGAUAAGCAUCAAGCAAUCUGUGUAUGA